AUGCUACUAAUUUCAAUUACUUUUUGUCAGUUAAUCAGUGCAAUUUAUUCAAAGUAUUAAUAUGUUUAGAAUAUAGGUAUUAAUUAAUCAUUGCUUAUCAUUACCCUAAUUUAUAAUUUUCUUAAAUUUCUCAAAUCAUCAAUCUAAUCAAAUAUAUAGAUGUUAAUAGUAUAAUUUAAGAAAAUGAAAUCAUAAUAUAAAUAUUGUUUUGGUGGUUAAUAACUUUGAGUAUUUUAACAUAUUCACUCUAUAUAAUAUGUUAUUUUUAAGUAAAAUAUCAAAAAAAGAAGAAUUUAACAGAUUAGUCCAGUGCUAAAGUUAUUAAUUAUUCAUAAUUUAGAUGUUAACCUAACUUUUAUUGAUUGACUAAUGGAUUACUUGCUAACCAACCUAACUAGUUUAUUUAAAUAUAGCUUAUUGUUCAAUAAAUUAAAAUUGUUUGAAUAUUGGAAUAAGAACAGAUAUAUAAUAAGUUUUAGCAAGUUUCUUCUUAUUUUUGAGAUUUAUUAUUUAAAUAAUAAUGAUAAUACUUUUUACAAAUCAUUAAAAGAUUAAGAAAGAUGCAUUAUCUAGUGGAUCAAGAUUUAUUUUACUUUAUUUAGAAGUUUUUAGAGUAUUGCUUAAUAUUUAAUUGGCAUUUCCAAUUUAGAGUUAAUAAUUUCAUGUAAAUAUUGAAUAUAAAAUAGAUCACAAUUUUAAUAUAUUUAAUUUUAUCAACAUGUCUUUUUAGUUUUCUAUUUAAAAUGAGUGAUUUUAAGUUAUUUAUUGCAAAUCGAAAUGUUAGAUAAGUAUUUAAAAUAUACAUAUUUUCUUUAUUUGGUAUAUCCAUAGGAUUAGUAUUUAAUUCAUUUUCUAUACACUUUAAUAUUAUUUAAAGUGAUAAUUCAAUAUCAAUUAGUUUAUUAAGUGUAAUUUCAAUUAUAUGGAUUUUUUAUUAAUAUUAUUUUAACCAAUAAAUAGAACAUCUUUGUUUACCUACUUUAACAGGAGAUCAUUUAAUACAAAAAAUAAUAAAUCUAAAAUCAGUUGCAAAAUAAUUAAACAUAUUACAUUAAUUUGGUGAAGCUGAUUCAUAUUAUUUGGGUAUGUUAUCUUAACAUUUUUCUAAUACUUGUAUAUAAGAUAAAAAGGAAAGAUGCUUUUGUAGAAUGAGAAUCUUAUAUGAUCCAAAAAAACUUAAAGAUAUUAAAAUAUCUUAAUUUUCUAUGCUUAGAUAGAAAAAUUUGUAUUUAAAAUAUUUAAUUAAAACAUGGUAUGAAAUUUAUCUUUUUCAUCAUCCUUCAGAUGUAGAUAUUAGAAUGAAUUAUGCUUUAUUUCUUUAUUACUAAAUGAACAAUUAAAUUUUAUCGUAUAUGUAAAUUAAGUUAACAUGUACUUACAAAAUGAAUCUAAUUUAAUAAUUUGAUAUAAAUAAGAUUUAACUAUAAUUUCAAAAUGAAAUUAUUGAUACUAAUAGUUUAAGUUAUCAUAAUGAAUCAGAUUUUGAAUAUGUUAUUAAAAUUGAAUAAUUAAUUAAAUCUAUAGAACUCAAUAUUUAAAAUUUUCUUGAUUUAAGUAUAAAAUUUUGGAAACAAGUUAAUUAAAAAGUAAUUUAUGAAGAGGAUUUAUGGUAUAUCAAUAAGGAAAUAAUAUUAACAAUCUAAUAAUCUAAUGAUUUAUGGAAUUAAAUAAGUAAGCAUAAGAUAAUCAAUAGAGAUAAAUUAAUUAUUAAGAAUUUUUUAAUAAGAAGACCAAAAUGGUAAUUCCUUUAUAAUUGGUAUUAUUUAUAUGUUCUAAAUAAAAAAUUAAAAUAAUCAAUGUUAGAAUAUUGUGAUUCUUAAAACAUGGUAUAAUAACCAAUUGAUGAAGAUUCAGGUUCAGAUAAUUAAAAUUAAAUUGAUUAAUUUUCCUUUUUAAAAACUUUCAAUUAUACAUCAGCUAUAUUUCACACUUCUCAAUCUGGAUAAAUAGUUAAUUUUAGUGAAUCUACAUAUGAUAUUUUUGGAUUUUAAUAAUAUAAUAAUAUUAAUUAACUAUUACCUAAUACUUUAAUUAGAAAUCAUUAAUUUGGAAUUGAUUAAUUUAUUUAAAGUGGUAAAAGCAAAUCAUUAUAUAAGAAAAGAAAGAUUUUAGCCUUAAAUAAUGAAAAAUAUCUUAUGCCUUGUAAAAAGUAUUUGAAAUGGCAUAUAAGUCCAUUAUCAUAAAUUGAAUAUAUAUGUAUGAUUAGACCUAUUUAUAGACAUUAAAGUGUCAAUUAUAUUUUAGUGAAUAGUGAUUGGGAGAUAGAUAGUGUUUCUGAAUAAAUUGCAGAAUAUUUUUAGCCUGGUUUAUGUUUAUUUUUACUUUGUCCUAAAUUAUUAAAGUAUUCAUUUUAUUCAUAAUUUUUGAAUGAAGAUGAUCUUUAAUUAUUUAAAUUAAAAAGAGCUAAAAAUGAUGAUAAUAAUCAAGAUUCAAUUAUUGAUGCUAAAUUCACAAAUAGAAAAAUUACUAUUAUUCCAAAUAAUUAAAAAAAUUACUUUAUGUUAUAAUAAUAAACAUAAGAUAUUGUAAGUAUGGUAUUAGAAGAUGAUAAUAAAAAUGUAUAAGACAGUCCUCUUUGGAUAAAUGAUGCUUUACAUGAAGAUUUAUAAGAGGAGAAGGAUUAAUUAUUUAAAAGAUUUCAUAAAGUUGUAGAUGAAGAUCAUGUUAAAUUAACAUUUCGUUUACCAAAAAAGAUGAAAAAUUUGAUAGAGGAUUAUACUGAAAUGAAAUAAGAAAUCUUAUUAAAUGGUUUAGAUUAAAUGACUAUGAAAUCAAAUAAAUUUAAAGAUUAAAAAAUUGUUAAAAGAAAUUCUAAUGGAAAACUUUCAUUUGAUAAGAAAGUACUCUUUUCUAAAUUAUUUUAAUAUUAAGAAUACUAUUAUGAGAAUUUAUAUGAUCAUUUUAGUAAUAUAAAUAUUAAUAUUUAGAAUCUAGUUUUUAAAGAUACUGUAUGACUAGUAGAAUGUUAAAAACUGUAAUAAAGAUUGAAGCAUCAAUACGAUUUACUAAAAAUACAAUCAUGGAUAAAUAUUAAAUCAUUAAAAUAACUAAUUUUAAUGUUAUUGAAAGUUAAAUUUUAAACAAAAAAGCUAAAGUAAUUUAUUAUUUUUUUUAUUGAUAGGUUGUAAAUUUAAUCAAUAAAAAAAAUUAGAUAAUUCGAUAAUCAAGAUAAAGUAUCUUUUAAAAUCCUUAAUAGUAGUAGCAUCUUUAAUAAAUCUUAGAAUAAAACUACUAAUAAUAAAUUGAAUAAAAUUAUGAAAAAUUGAUUCAUUCAAAUAGUAAAUGUUUUAUAAUAAUAUAGUAUAAAAUUCUGAUGUUGAAUCAUAUAGAAAUACUAAUAGACCAUUUAUGUCUGAAAAUCAAGUAAUAUCGGAUUUCAAUGCUUAAUAAAUAACAUCUCUAAUUCUUAAGACAUAAAAUAAUAUUUUUAUCAAGGAGGAAAAUAAUAAAUCUGCUAAGUAAGAUACUUAAUUAAACUUUUUUAAAAUUCUUAAUAGAAUUUUCAUUUUCUUUUUAAUAAUUUUUAAUCUUAUUGUUUUAUACUAAGGUCCUAAUAUCAAUUAAUAAGAUAUGGAUGAAUUAGGGGUAUAAUAUAUUAUUAUUAAAGUUUUAAAGUGCAAAAAAAUAAUAUGAUUUCAUUAAUAUAAUGAUUGAAUCAUAUGAUAAAUUGAUCAACUCUUUUUAUUUUUAAAAUAAUCUCCUCAUUUAAAUUAAUAAUUAAUCUGAAUUUUAUUAGAACUUAAAAAACAGUUUUAAUAAUUAAUUAUUUGAAAUUACUAAAUUAUAUAAAUAACCAAAUUUUGUAUAAGAAAUCUACAAAUCAAAAAAUUAUAAUGAUAAUCUAAAUAUAAUUGAUUUAAUAAAUUAAUAUACAUCUAAUAUUGGAAGUCUUUAAUAGAUAGAUUAAAAUUAUGAUUUUGAAUAAUCAUUAGAUUUCUUUAGAACUAUAUUUAUCCCUUUUCUCUUUAAAUAUUAAAGCAGAAAUAUAUUUGAAUUGAUUGAUAAUCUAACUUAAGAUUACUAAAAUUAAGAUUAUAUUUGUUUUACUAUUAUUAUGACAUCAACAGCCAUUUUUGGAUUUUAUUUAGUUAUUAAUAUAUUAAAUAUUCUUAAACUAAUAACAUAAAGCUAAGUAUUAUUAUGUUAAAUAUUUUUAGAAAGUUGCUAAAUAAUUAUCUUAUAUUGAAAAAACAUAAGUUGAAGAAUUUAUAAAAUUUUAUAUGAAUUUAAAAUUUUAAUUUUCAUGUAUUAGAAGUACAAAUGGAUUAAUAUAAAACAGUAAUAAAAUAUAUGAAUUUUAGAUUAUUUUUAAUCAACAAAUUAAACUAUCAUUAGAUAAGUAGAAGAAGAUGAAAAAAGUAGUAAUUUAAAAAGAUAAAAAUAAAAACAAUAUGAAUGGUCUAAAAGAUGGAAAAAAAUAAAAGUAUUUUUAUAAUGCAUUUAGGUUUUAAUGAUUUUAAGAUAUCUAUUAUUUAUGUCUAUGAUAUCAUUUCUAAGUUACUUUUAUUUUAUUUACAUUUUAAGAUUUAAUAAUUAAAUGUCAAAUAUAUUAAUUUCAAACUAUUUUACUAAAUAAACUAAUUAAUUAAUAUCAUUGACUUUAUCUAAAGAAAUAUUUAUUUAUAAUUUUAUUAAUCAAACUUUUAUAAAUAUCAAUAACUACAAAGAAAUUCAAUUAAGAUAUGUGGAGAGUAAUGCUGAAUUACACUCUUAAUUAUAUCAAACCAAUAUUGAUGAAAUAGAUGAAAUAUUUAAUGGAAAUUUAUGUAUAACAAUAAACUAAAGUAUUUUAAUCAAUUACAACUUAGUUAUUAAUUUCUAAUAUUGUAAUACUUAUUUGAAUGGGGCAUUAAAUUAUGGUUUACAUUCUUAUAAUUUUUUGCUAUCUUAAAUGGCUCAAUAAUUGCUAAACCCAGAUGAAGGACUUUUUGAUAAUACAACUGUAGAAAAGCUCUUUGAAUUUGAUUAAGUAAGAAAUACAUUUUUAUAUUAGAUUAACUAAUUUUAAAGAAUUGGAUAUGAAUAAGCUUGGACAAUACUUGGAUUAAGAUAUAGUUAAUAUAUUGCUGAAAAUUCAAAAUUAGAAAUAAUCAUUUUGUAUUACCUUAUCAAUUAAUUUUAGAUCAUGUUCCUGUUCUUUUAGUUUACUUUUAUUCAUAUUUCUAUUUGAAAUAAGUUUUUUUAAUUAGAUGUUAAGUAUAAUUUUAGAAGUUCGUUGCUUUUAUAAAAGAUACUUUUCAAAUAUUACAAUAGAUAGAUAUAAGAUUAUAAGAGCAUAACUUAUUUAAUGUAAAAUUAUCAAUAAAUGA